AUGGGCGCACGGCUGCGGCCCGUGGACUUCGGGCCUUUGGUCCGGAUUCCGGUAUCUGUCACCGCAGGCGCCGGGCACACGUGUGUGGUCCUGCAGCCCGGAGGCGGCGUUCGCUGCUGGGGUCGCAACACGCUAGGGCAACUCAACGCGGGCGACACAGAUGACCGCGGUAUCCGUCCUGGGCAAGUGUCCGGCUACUUCCAGGACGCCAGGCUUGGCAUUGAUGAGUCGGCGGUAGCGGUGGCGGCUGGCGUCUCCUACACCUGCGUAAUCUUGGUGCCAGGAAAUUAUGUGAAGUGCUGGGGGGCAAAUACCGAUGGCGUGCUGGGCAGCGGGUUUAUGUAUCAAUACUUUGGCGAGGACUACAGGGACGUUGGCUGGAAGUUGCUCCCUGUGGAUGUGGGUUACGGGUUGCAAGUGGAGACCAUCGCGGCGGGCGGGCAGCAUGUGUGUGUGAAGCUGAAGCGGAGCAGCCCCCCGCAGGAGCAAAGGCUGGUGAAAUGCUGGGGACGGAACUCCCGGGGCCAGCUGGGACUUGGGGACACCGCAGACCGGGGUGAUUGGUACAGGGCCAUGGGUGCAGCGCUUCCUCCCGUGGACCUGGGGCCGCCGUUUGCUAACCCCAUCGCGCACGUACACCUUGCCCGCCCCACUAUAUAUAUCCAAAUCCUCUCCGAGCUAAUAACAGGCGCCAACCAGGUGUCGACGGGAAGCCUCCUGCUGGCCGUGAACGAAUAUAGCAAAUACUCCACCGGCUGUUUAGCUCGGACCUCCAGGAUGGGGCUGCAGUGCUGGGGCUGGGCCAUCCUGAGCCAUAUUGGGCCAAGCGACCUGUUCAUGAUGGAUAUCGGCAGCGGCUUCUCUGUUCAGUCGAUUGCCAUGGGCGUCCUCCACACCUGCGUGCUGCUGAAGCCGGGCGGUGUGGUCAAAUGCUGGGGGUACAACUUUGCCGGGCAACUGGGCCUAGGACUUUCUGGCCCUGAUCACUAUCCCAACCCAUCCGACAUUUACACGGGCCGCAACAACUCCCUGCCCGCCGUCGCCCUGGGACCUUCCGGAAACCGGACAGUAGUGGCCACGGCCUUGGCGGCUGGGAGCAAGCACACGUGCGCCAUCGUGGCAGCAGGGCGCAUCAAGUGCUGGGGCAAAAACAGGAGCGGCCAGCUGGGUCUCGGUGACAACAUCACCCGGGGCACGGAUCCCGCUCAGAUGGGCGCCGCCCUGCCCUUCGUGGACCUGGGUCCGGGACUGGCGGCGGUGGCGCUGGCGGCGGGGGAUGCACACACAUGCGCCGUGCUGCAGCCGGGAGGAAGAGUCAAGUGCUGGGGGAACAACACUGCCGGGCAGCUGGGUCUGGGUGACAACCGCACCCGAGGACUGCGCCCCACUGACAUGGGGGCCGCACUGCCCUUCGUCGACCUGGGCCCGGGGCUGAACGCCACCGCCAUCGCGGCCGGCUCGCGUCACACGUGCGUGCUGCUGCAACCGGGAGGCCGAGUCAAGUGCUGGGGGUCCAACGACAGGGGCCAGCUUGGUAUGGGUGACAAGCGGUCCCGCGGCCUGCUGCCCUCCGAAAUGGGUGCAUUGCUGCCAUUCGUGGACCUGGGCUCAGGACUGGAGGUCACCCAGCUGGUAACGGGUGCAGGUGCUGCCCACACGUGUGCGCUAUUGCAGCCGGGGUCGCUGCUUAAAUGCUGGGGAGCCGACGAUGUAGGUCAGCUUGGAGCGCAAAGGAUUGGCUCUUCCACUGGGGACGAGCCGGGGGAGAUGGGUGCAUUCCUGAAGCCGGUUGUUCUUAGUCCCGAUGUCACGAGAUUCAAGUCGGCGGCCGUCAGCACUUACUUAACUUGUGCUGUGGUGGACACCACCACACAGCAAGACCAAGUCAAGUGCUGGGGGGCAGUGCUGGACAAAAUUCCAGGAGCUGUCAUCCGCGGCAACCCCACACGACAGCGUGUCUUCAACCCCAAACUUGGCCUCACUGGCGACCUAUCGGAGGACAUCAAGCGCAGCCCAUUGCUGGAUUCGCCACCGUCUAAGCAGCUGCAGCAGCCGCUGCACUGCCAGCACCGUGGCCCCCGUCGUGUAGACCUGCGACUUCGGGUGCCUCCAGAGGAACUUCUCCGUGCAGCGGAAAAGACAGUACAGCAGAGCACAUGGGGGUUAAUGAGCCUCGAGGACCUGGGCAUCACGUUUCGGGGUGUGCCGCACUUGCGCAUCGUGGACAGCGUCAUAUCGGGCAUGGAAUUCUCGCUUCUGGGGCCGCUACUUGCGGACAUUAGGGGUUUCAAGUGCACCUCUGUUCUUAAUGCCCACGGCUGGAGCUGCUUGCACCUGCAGUACAGUGAUGCCAGUAAUGGUGACAACGGUGUUGAUAAUGGCAGUAGCCUUGUGUCGCCCGAGCUGCAGCAGUGGUACGACACAGCGGCAGGCCAAGGCUUCUUAACAAUCACGAACAGUAGCUUCGUGAAUACGAAGACUGGUUGGGGGGGCAUGUACGGGGCAGGUGACGCUGCAAGCGUAGAUGCGUACAAGGCACCGCUGGUGCGCGAGGCGGCGGGGGCGCUUCAGAUCCGUGUGUACGACAGCGUUUUCACGGACCACAAGGGUGUCGCGCUGACAGUACUGGGCUCCAGCCAGGACUAUGUGGAGCUAUCCCGGUGCGUCAUGAGCAGAAACGAAGCCCGUUCUGGUCCCGUACUGUACAUUGACGGCUCGCUGUCGGGGCUGACACUAAAAAGCGUGCAAGUCGCCGACAACACGGCGACCGGCGACCGGGGAGGUGUGGCGUUUGUGAGCGGCUCGCUUGACCAGUUGAUCGUGUUCACCAGCAAUUUCACCAACAACUCAGCUGCGAUGGGCGGCAUGCUGUACACGCCAUAUGUUGACAGGGUCAGGAUUGUCGACAGCACGCUUACCGUGCCUGAUGCGGUUCUGUACGGCGGCAUCAUCGCUGCAAACGGCAUGGGCGACAUCUCCGUGAUGCGCUCAUUGAUCAGCGGUAAUCGAGCGUUCAGCGACAACACCACGUUGUGGCACACAACCAAUGGCUUCAACUCAAUCACUGUCAAUGCAAGCACCAUCACCAGAGGCAACAUUUAA